AUGAUCAAGAGCUCUUAUCGUUCUCCAUUCACCUGCACCAACACUGCUCAUCCUCUCAAUCCCUUUGAACGUUCAUUUAUUUCUCGAUUCACAGGUAAUUAUUCAUCUUGUUGUCAUGAUGAUGUUCAAACACCAUUAAUGAACAAUGAUGAUGAAUACAAUAAUUUUCAUAACGGAAUUUGUCGUGAUAAUGCCCAUUCACCAACUAGAAGUUUAAGAUAUCACCACCACCAUCGACAACAACAAUUAACGAAAUAUCACCAUCCAACUAAUCCCACCACUAAUACCACCACACUCCAUCAUUCACAUUUGAUGAAUACCAAUCAUCAUCAGAACCAUCAUCGAAGAGUCUUCUUCAAUGGAGUGACAAAACGAAGAAGACCAAAGGCUUUGUGUUUCACUCCAUCAUCUUUUGGACCAUUGAAUGCUUCCAACACAACCACUCUUUCCAAUUUCGAAGAAGUUCCAAAGAGAAGUGUUCAUUCUUUUUCGAGAAGACAUCGUAACAUGAACCACCGUCCACAACACCAUAGAUCUUGCUCUCCUCAUGAAUUUCCAAGUCAUCAUGGCAUGACUCGCUUUCAACAGUUUGGAAAUUCAAAUGCAUUACCAGAUUCAGAAACCACAACGAGUGGUUCAACUCGUACAUUGCUAUCCUCACCAGAUUUAAUGUCGCAACAAUCACCAUUGAUCACUCCCACUACGACGAAGACUCAAUUUCUCUAUCUUGUACCCAAUGCACCUCCAGCCACUACUCCUACCACUCCAAUGACCCCGAAUAGUCCAACUCAUUUACCACCUUCCUUGGAUACUACUCCUCCUUCAGUGAUGAUGGCUCCUCACAAUAAUAAUGAUUUUAUCAUUGACAAUUAUCAUCACUCAUUGGUGAGACAUAUUCAUCCUAAACCUGAAUUGAACAUUUCCAAGAAUAGUUCAUUGCCAUUCAAUCGCAGUGCCUCACCAUCCACUGUGAUUCACAAUCAUUAUUCCAAUACUUCACCAUUUUCACCCUUUUCUGAUUUUAUGGAAUGGAAUUUGGACAUGUCAGGUUCCAUGUUUGAUAUCAUUGUGAGUAGUAAUGAUGUACAUGACGACGAACAUGAUCAUGAGAGUGGUAUUGGUGAACAGGAUGAUCAUCAUUCUACCAUUCUUCUUUCUUCAAACAAUAGUGAUCAUGGAGUGCUGUAG